CCGAAUUUUUGAUGUUUAUGUUGGGCCUUGUCGGGAGCCUGGUAUCUGUCCACGACUCUCGCGUGUUGUGAAUGUCCCGUCUUUGCGUUCAAGGUGAGAGCGGCGAAGGUGUGUUUUCCGGGGAGCCUACGUUGUUGCGGGAUGGCACAUCUAUUGCACCCUACUUGUUGGGAGAUGCAGGCUUUCCCUUGCUCGACUGGCUGAUGACUCCGCAUAGCACGCUCAGGGAUCGUACCCCCACGCAUGUCACAUUUGAUGAUGUCCACUCAAUGGCGAGGAAUGUCAUUGAGCGCACAUUCGAGAUUCUGAAGGGCAUCUGGAGGAAUUUUGGACGGCGACAAAUCGAGAAUUUGAAGACCAUUUCCUGGGAGUUCAUGGUGGUGUGCAUCUUGCACAAUCUACUCAUUGACUACAAAGUCGAUCUGCAGGACUUGAUGGCAUCACACAACGACCCUGACAAUGACAGCAGCGAUGACGACAAUCGUCCUCACAGGCGAUGUCCACAAGUUCCACGCAAUGCGAAGGAUGCGGCAGAUGAUGACGACGUUUGCAUCAACUUCGUGGGUCUGACGAGGACGCAGUGGAUCAGAGCCAAACUGGUUGGACACGUCGGCCAUCAUAUGGAGCUCGGAGCCACAAAGGCAGUUAUGGACAUGCCAUCUUCAGAGACCAUCUGGACAGUGGUUCUGGACCUGGUCUACGGCCAAGUGCAGAAAGCAGUGCAGCCAAUCAUUGAUAAAUGGGACAUCAGUGGAUGCACGCUGAUCACCGACGGGGCAAUGGACAGGAAGUGGAGGCCCGUGAUCAACUUCAUUGGCGCAGGGGAAGGUGGGGCUGUUCUUCUCAGGGUGGUGGACAUGCAGCACAGGAAAGCGACCGCCACAACAAUUGCAAAAUUGUGGGAAGAGGUCAUGAGAGAAAUUGGGGUGCACAGAGUCAACGCGAUUUGCACCGACAACGCUGGAGUUAACAAGCGGGCUGCCCGGAUUCUAGCAAGGCGGAGUGAUCCAGACAUUGCCAAAAUUCCAUGGCUGCCUUGCGCUGCACACACUCUCAGUCUGCUGAUGAAAGAGAUUGCAAAUCUGCAGUGGGUGGCGAAGCAUGUGAAGAGGGCGAAAAUGAUGGUGAGGUUCAUCAAGAACCACCAUCGUACAGUUGCCCUUUAUGCGAGGUGCUCGCUAGAGGAGACAAAGACACUCGUCAUGCCAACGGAGGUCCGUUUCGCAUCGACGUACCAGAUGUUGGAGCGGUUGCAUGAUAGGCGGUGGGUCCUUGAUGAAAUGAUGGACAAAGGGUGGAGGGAAAUCCACUGGAGCACAAGGAAGUUAAAAAAAAAGGCUGACAAGAUCUACCUGACCGUCACGUCAAAUGAGUGGUGGGAAGAAGUGGAGCGGAUUGUAAAGGUUAUGAGGCCGGUGAACGAGCUCCUAAGAAGGAUGGAUAGUGAUGGUUUGGCGCCCUCACAAUUGUGGGGGUUUGAUGAGAUGCUUCAGGGCCGCUUGAGGAGCAUUGGUGGCCUUACGGUGGAGCAGCAAGAGGACAUAAUGAGAGUCGUCGUUGAUCGAUGCAGGAUGAUGCUCCAACCGGCGCAUGCAGCCAACUUUCUCCUCUCCCCCCUCAGGAGGGACCCUAGAUGGGUAAUGGACAGACAAACUCCCUUGAUGCAGAACGCUAUCAAGUAUUUCUUAACACAACUCAGUGGGGAGAGGUGGGGGGCAUUGCAGUCUCACAUCGAUGUGUGGCAGAGCCUAUGGGCUUUUCACUGCGAGCCACCUAGGGAGCAUCGAUUCAAGGAACCCAUGUGGGACACAUUCGGGCAAGCAGAUGCCUCCUUGACCUGCAAAACAGCGUCACCGUGGUGGGCAACUUACGGUUGUAACCACAAGGACCUGCAGAAGAUCGCAACAAGGGUCACAAACGUUUGGAGCACAGCCACACCCUCAGAGAGAAAUUGGUCCUCCCUUGACUUGAUCCACAGCAAGAGGAGGAACAAUCUCUCGAGCGAGAGUUUGGCGAAACUUGUUUAUGUGCAUUGGAACAUGCAGCUGCAGAGCAUCCCAAGAAGUAUGAAGGACGGGUGGGUUGAUGUGUGGGCAACAUUCUUCGACGACCCCGAACCUCCAUCCCCGAAUGAUGGUGCGAUUUUGCCAGGGCCUUUGGAGAUGACGGAGGAGGAGUUGCAACGGCAGGCUCGCUUGACAAAGACCUCAAGGGGGAGGAUUCCGAAAGAUCUGGAUUCAGAUGAUUCUGUUGCAUCUAGCAGCGACGAUGACAUAAUCUGGAGUGAGAAAGGGAGCAAAAGGACACAACCAUUGCAAGACGCAAAGGGCAAGGCCCCAAUGGGGGAGGAGGGUGAGGAGGUUGAGGGGGGGUAGGAGGAGGAUUCAUAUGCAGGCUCAGACUGUGAACUGCUCCCACCUGAGGACAAUGAUAAAUCUGAUCAUAACUC